AUGAAUCAAUUUGAAUCCACUGAGGCAAGAAUUUUAUACCUUAUCUAUACUCUCUAUUAGAACAAUAUGAUCUCUAUAGAUUAGAAGGGCAUACUAAAAGGUACUAAUAGUGUAAUCCUUAAAGAUUAUUUAAUCACUAAAGAAAAUGGCAGAUUUAUGAAUGCGAUAACUUCAUUUGAGAAAUCCAAAGAUAUUGAUUAAUUGUCUCAAUUCCUGAUUUAAUUUGUUGACAGUAAGUUAAAUAGUUAAUCUUAGUGGAGAACUCAUUAUCAGACUAUGUUUCAGUGGAUUCUUUUAAAACAAUAAAGUCCUCGAAACCAUGUGAGUUAUUAAAGGAAACUACUUAGAGUUCGAACACAAAUUCUAAUCAAUAUAUACUAAUUUCGCCUGUCUUAAUUCAGAAAAAGAAUAGAGACACAUAAUUUAUCUCUAGGAAAGAUAGAAAAUACUUAACUUAAAUAUAAUGA